UCCCUACCAGCCACGGCUCAGCCUGGGUCCCUCUGCUCCCGACCCAAGUGCCCGAGGCAGGCUUUGGUUUUAUGUCAGCAGCCUUCAUCUGCCUUCCAAAAAUAAGCCCCUGCCGCCAUGCCGAGGGGAGAAAAACAAGAAGGGCGGUAUUUUUAGGGCCAUUAAUUCUGACCACGUGCCUGAGAGGCAAGGUGGAUGGCCCUGGGACAGAGGCUGUUCAUCACUAUGUCCCGGGGAGCAGGACGUCUUCAGGGCACGCUGCAGGCUCUCAUCUUCCUGGGCGUCCUAGUGGGCAUGGUGGUGCCCUCACCUGCGGGCACCCGCGCCAACAGCACGCUGCUGGACUCAAGGGGCUGGGGCACCCUGUUGUCCAGGUCCCGAGCUGGACUAGCUGGAGAGAUUGCCGGGGUGAAUUGGGAAAGUGGCUAUUUGGUGGGGAUCAAGCGGCAGCGGAGGCUCUACUGCAACGUGGGCAUCGGCUUUCACCUCCAGGUGUCCCCCGACGGCCGGAUCAGCGGGACCCACGAGGAGAACCCCUACAGCCUGCUGGAGAUUUCCACAGUGGAGCGAGGUGUGGUGAGUCUCUUUGGAGUGAAAAGCGCCCUCUUUGUUGCCAUGAACAGUAAAGGAAGAUUGUACACAACGCCCAGCUUCCAAGAGGAAUGCAAGUUCAGAGAAACCCUCCUGCCCAACAAUUACAACGCCUAUGAGUCAGACCUGUACCGAGGGACCUACAUUGCACUGAGCAAACAUGGACGGGUAAAGAGAGGCAGCAAGGUAUCCCCAAUCAUGACCGUCACUCACUUCCUUCCCAGGAUAUAAGGACCCUGAAAGAAGGCUCACAAGCUGAAAGUGACAUUUGUUUCUAUUGGAAUUUUGCACAAGUGAACAAUUCUCCUUACCCCCCAUGACUCCUGAGUCAGGUCUCUCUUGUGCUUGGGGAGACCUGAGUUGGUUCUGCUGGCCACUAGACCCCAUGACAAGCAUGGGGUUGCAGCCAGCAGUCUAGAGUGGUAUUGGAACCCAUGCUCUGAUCUCACCUGAGGAAGGAAGGUACAGGUGACAUUUAUGGAAUGUGACCUUGUGCACAGGAAAAGGCCAGGGUGGAAAUGUGUGUGUGUUGAUGUACAUCCAUACAUUUUUGUAUGUAUUGUCAGAGCAGAGGUGUUUCAGAACAUCAGGUUUCUUUCUUCCAAGAUCAUCACUGCAGGCACCUGCAUGCAAGAAUGUCACUCAUCAAACCUGCAGGACUGAUGUGUAUUACCAUUCUGCCUCUUUCCAAUCCUCUUUCCAUUCAGAAGCCCCUGUCUGCACAGUUUGCAUGUGUGGUGGGGAGCAGCAGAGAGGCAGGGUAAGUGGGGAUAAGAUUUACCUGCAAACCAGAAAGAAAAUGAGCAGGCACUCCAAUCUUCCUGCCGGCGAGGGCUCUGGGGACACUGGGACACAUUGUUGGGGCAGAUGAGGGAGAAGAGGCCCUUUCUUAGAGGAAGGGGGUACAGCAGUUUCUCAGGUGGUUGCAGAAGGCUGCUGAGAGCAGUGGAAGGGACUGGAUGUUCUAUGGGGAGCCUUUCUGCCUGGAGGAUCCAGUGCUGUGUGGCUCCAAAAACAAGAGGGGCCAGGCUGCCUGCCCAUAGCUUUUCCUCACUGUGAACCGGGUCUUAUUUUAACCUCAGAUGACAAGGAUCCUAAUAAUGGCAACCUUUUUGGCAAGGGGUGAGGGGCUGUGAAAUAGGGCAUGAAGGAAGUAGACAGGCUUUGGACUCCAGAUGAUAAUUCCUCUCCAACUACGUCCAGGAAACUCACCCAAGUUCUCAUCUGAUACCCACACUUCCUUCUUGGUCAUCCUCAUCUCACACGCACACUGGUGCCUGGAUGCAGGAGAAUGGGCUCCAUGAUGUGCAGGGUUUGCCCCCUCUAACCCCCUACAGGAGAAGAGUGUUAAUCCUGUAAAAUCAAGCAGCCAAGCUGAAGCAGCUCCUUGCUGGUCAGUGUCUUCUUGCCUCCUGCCCUUUGAGAGUAUUUAAAGCAGAGGUUCCCCAAGCGACUAUAAAUGUUGUCUGCCUGGGGCCUUCAGAUUCCUGAGCCAUUGGAACGUUCCUAAAUCUGAAACCAGAGAGAGCCAUAUCAGAGUGCAAAUAUUUUCGGCAUACGUGAACCGCAGAGUUACAAAAUGACCUGACACCCUCUGUUACUCUCGGGGCCCCCUGCCUGCAAGACAAUCCCUCAUCUGCUGCCAAUGCCUUCAUCUUUGGCAUACCUCUCUACGUGCAGAUGCGCCCAUCUAUACAUAGAUCUGAUCUGAACGACUGUGGGCCGGAGAUGGACAUUGGCAACCAAGGGAGAGAUGUCAUGCCGGCCACCUUCUCUGCCUGGCAAAUAGCAGUAAGGACAUGUGUUGGGUGAGGAGGAAAAGUCCACAUCAAGGUGAGCGAAGACUGAAAACACAGUAAGAGCUCAGGAGCGAAGUGGACAUGGCCAAGUCUUGCAUAGAAAUUGGAAGGAGCUGAGGUCCUGGAUCAAAUCGAAGGGAGUGGAAAAAUGGUCCAUCUUCACUGGAGUAAUUGAAGUGCAGGUCUGCUUGGAGGCAGGGGACAAAGUCAACUGUUUUUCAGGAGAUUGGCCAGAGUAAUCUCUCUCUAUAAUAGGGUUCAUCAGAAAUGGAUGCUCUCAGAACCUGAGCGGUGUGUCAGUUCCCAAUGGAAGGUGGUGGGAGUGUAGGAAGAAGGUUGGGUGGAUGGAUGCACGGGGUGAUAUGGUAAAAAGGAAAAAGUUAUAGGUCCCAAAGCAUUAGUUCCUUUCCACCUAGGUCUUUGAGCUAACUUGGCAUGAGAGGGACCUCAGACUACUAGAUCUUUUCUGCAUCCCUCUAAUGGUUCAUAAAAGUGCUCUAAUCCUGAUAAGGAUUUUUCCCAAUUGUCUGAUCCCAUGUUUCAGACCGGGGGUGAGAAGGAUGAGCUGUAAAAUGCCUGGGAUCAGGUAGGCUAGAUAUUCAGUCACUACAUAGUGGCUCCAGCACACUGAUUAUCUGUCACGAGCAGCUGGGUGUCUGUUCCAACCGGUACCAGGACCAUGCUAUGUAAGGUGUUAAGUAUUUUGAAUAUCAUCCUUGGAACAGGGAGGCAUGCUUGACUCUUUGACAUUCUUUCCAUCCAUAGGAAUUCUCCCAAGGGCUUUCUCUGUGACCUAUAAGUGAUUCAACCUUAAGAAAAAUCAGUCUUCAUUCACAGAAGUGGGUUAAGGGACAGGAGCAGAGCAAGAUCAGUGAGGGGCUUCUCAGUCCCUCCUCUCCUGCUGCUUGGUCUGUGCACAGGUGUGCAGAGCCAUCACCUAGCUGAUCAUCAUGUCUACUGAGUCCUGAAUUCAGCUGUCAGCCCCAUUGUAUCUAAGGCUACAAAAGAUUUUGCACAGACAGGAAAACAAGGGUGUCUUCACCUUCCUGCUAACGAUGUACUGAGAAUGACUUGGUCCUUCCUCCCCCAGAUCCUGAGCUACGACCCUGGUUUAGAGACUUUUGUCGCUAACUAGUCUCUCUUCUAACCUGAACCUUCCCUGACAGCUCCAUGUAAGCGGGGGGGGGGGGGGAGUCAUUGAGGUUGCCUUGUUCCUCCUUCAAGAGUAAAUGAUAAAGACAGCAACAUACUGAACCCCUUUGAAGACAGAAUUCUCAGCUGGGACAAGGUUAGUUCAGAAACCAUGGGGAGCCCCAGGCCCAUGUAAAAUCAGCACCCUUUUCAGGGUGAUGGAUGGACUUCAGAGGAAACCAGAGAACUCCAGCUGGCUUGUCCCGGCUUGAUUACAUCUGCUUCAUCAUCUGCUGCCUUCCGAUCCCCCUUCCUUUCCCACUUCCCAUAUAUUUUUUAACCUUCUUUGGAAAGCAGCACAUAAUUAUGUUAUUAAUACCCUACCAUUAUCCUUCACAUCCUUCCCCUCUGCCACCGCCUCCCACAGUAUCUCCAGCACACACUCCAAGGCCCAGGUCAGGCCCAUUAUUCUAUGACUUAAGAAAGAGAAUAUUUUCUCUAUCAUCUGACCCAGGCUAUAAACCUCUCUCCUUUUUAGACACAUAGAUUUUUCCUCAGGCCAAUAACACAAGCCUGAAAUUCUCUCUGGACCCCACCCUGUCCCGGGCAGUUUGGAACUCUCCUGCCUGCGCUGGCUCUGGGCCCCUAUCUUGUGCUACACCUUAGCUCCUUCUCCUGAGUGUAAGUUCUGAGGAAGAAAGAAGUACAAAAACCCAUGAGCUGGAGUUCUCCCGGAGCUUGACAUCACUGCCAGGGCCACAGCCACUGCAUAACUCUAACUACCACAUGCAGUCACUGGCCUCCAAGACACAGGAAUAUCCCAUCUGCCCUCUGACCCCUCUGUCCCAUUUCAUGUGGACAUGCACUAGAAAACUCCUACAGAUUUCUAUCCCAAUGCUUUCCCCUGAAGGCUCUGAAGAGGUGUUCUUUGGCACUUCCCACUCCCAUGCUUGCAAAGCAGGUCUCUAAUAUUCAUCCCCACUCCUCCCAGCAAGGAACCAGCCACUCAUUCUGCUACCUCCCAGGAAAAAUUCAAGGGUAGGAAUGUCUGGGACAAGGCCAGGGAAUAGACAGAAAUACUGCAGUCUGCAUUUACACCUGAGUUGGUGUUCCUCCUUCCAAAAUAGGAGGGCUUGAUUGCACCCAAAACAGACCCCAGAUCUAGUCCAUCACACAGUUGGCAACACGGAACCAUGUUUGUAUACCUCAUGAACUACUGAAAUUCCAGCAUUCAGACAGCUGUGUCCCCACGUGGUUUUCCCUUCUAUAAAUCACUAAGUACAGCUGUCCUCAAGCUUGGGUCUAGUGAGUAGGAAAGCUCAGAAUUUGUGCAGUCAUAUGCUUGUAAAAUGUGACGCUUCUAUUUUGUUAAUAUGUAUGUGCUAUGCACAAACCAUAUCAUGUUCCAGCAAAAAAGUAAAAGGUCUUUUUAUACGUUCCUCUAAACUGUUCAACUCCACCCCUCCUAUUAAAACUGACAGUGAAUCUCU